AUAUUUUAAUGCCUGGUGCCUGAUGGGAUGUGAAGGUGGUCUUGCCUUAAUUUGCUGUUAAAUUUGUCCACAGAUCUUUGAACUCCUAGAAAAAUGUAAUUAAGUGUUUAUAUGGGAACUGUAUCUUAAAGUUAAGAAACUGCUGAACUAUUAGUCUAGUUUUGUUCUGAUUUAGCUCUUAAAAUACUAAAGAAGCUGGUUGGAGCCACAAUGAAAAGGAAGGCACAAACUGCAGAGUUCAAGCCUCCCAUGAAGAGAUUUGCCAGGAUAAGCAGACGGAACAGCAGAGAAAACGCUGGCGAAUCUGCCGAAACUGGAGAAAUACAGCCAACAGAUGCAAAGCAAAUUUCAGCCACUGUAGCUUCCAGUAUUCAGUCUGCAGCACCCUUGGGCAACUCUGAAGAACAUCAACCACAAUGCAGCCCACAACUUGACUCAGACCUGAUUGAUUUAAACAUCAAACAUCCUGAGGAUGCAGGAAUGGAAGAGGACACUGGUCCUAAACAUCAGACACCUCAACUUCGCAAAGGUUCCUUGGACGAGACUGGAGAUGACAUGCUUGUGAACAUAGAAGAGAUGUCUGGUGCCAUAGCAGUGCCAGCAAAGGCCUGUGAAGAACCAGAACCAGAAUGCCCAAAGUCUCCACCAAAGAAAAGAUUGAGAAGAAGGAUGGGUAUGUGUGGCCUAGGAGACAGGAAGAGAAGGCUAGUUAAUGAUGGACAACAGUGUAGGCAAUCUCCCACUGAAACAAAGAUGGCGGAAAGUACAGAAGCAACUGGUAAAGAAAGUGGAGAUGUACUGAAAUGUAUUGAUGAUGGUUCUCCCCUCUUGAAAAAUGAAGGAACCACGGAAUCAGUGUUUUUAGAACAAAAUCACAGCAGCCUACAGCAGAUGAUGACAGAGGGAGCAUCGUCAACUGAGCAGGAAAUACAAGAUCUACCAUCAGAAACUGCUUGGAAAAUUGAGGAAUCUGACCUUAAAGAAUGUAGAACAUUCCAUGGUAUGGAUAUGGUUUCUAAGGCUUCAAAGAUAAUUGCUGAUUGCCUUGAUGAUGUAGAAAUGCAAUAUGGCCCCACUGGUCAUGAUACGGAGGAUAGUGGUAUGGCUGAAACAGGACUUCCCGAGGAAGAGUACCAAGUUGGGGAAGAAGCAAACUAUGGCUGUACUGAUCUCGCAGAUGAAGAUUCCAACAAAGGCUCCAAGGAAACAGAUGAACACCUUGUUGAAGUUCCUGAAAAACUGUUUUUUGGCCUGCUUGGUGUUACCAGUGUGACUUCUGGCUCUAGUUCUGUUCCUGGUGUUGUUUCUGAUGGUUCCAAAAGUACCCCAGUUGAUGUAGCUGAGAAAAUGAAUUACAGUUCUAUUGGUACUAAUGAUGCUACUGAAGACUCCAAGGUAAAAGCAGAGCAACAUCAUGCCUCUACUCAAGAAAUUCACAAAGACUCCACUGAAACAACUAACAAGGAUUCGACUCAAGAAGCUGAAGAUGUAAGCCACGGCACUGAUACUGUUACUGAAGUUUGUGAAGGUUCAAGAGAACCGAUUGAACACCUAGUUAAUGAGGCAGUGAUCUUUGGGUCUACCAGUGUUACUGCAGUUUGCAAGGGCUCUACAGAACAAAUUGAGCACCCAGUUGAUGAAGCAGUAAUCAAUUGCUCCAACAGUGUUAAUAAAGUUUGUGGAGGUUCUAAAAAUCCAACUGAAUAUGCAGGUGAAGUUGCUGAAGAUGAGAAGAACUAUGGUUCUGCAGCAGUUACCAACGACGAUUGUGAAAGUUCUGUAGAAGUGAAUAAGCUCCCAGUUGCUGAUAGGGGGAUCUAUGGCUCUCCCAGUGAUACUGAAUUUUGUGAAAGCUCUAGAAAACCAACUGAACUCACAGUUCAAGUGACAGAGGAAGUGACCAAUGGUCCUAUUUAUUAUAUUAAAUUCUGUGAAUGUUCAAAAGAAUGGACUGAGCACCCAGUUGAACUGAGUGAAUUGGAGAGCUAUGCUUCUACUGCUGGUACCAAUGAAGUUUCUGAAGAUUCUAAGGAAACUAUUGGGCACCCUCCUCAAAUGACUGAAGAAGUGAACUGUGCUUCUACAGCUAUUACCAGUGAUGUUUCUGAGUGUUCUAGAGAACAGAUUGAGAACCCAAAUCAGUUGGCUAAAGAGGAGAGCUGUGGUUCUAAUGGUGUUACCAAUGAAGUAUGUGAAGGAUCUACAGAAUCAACUGAGCUCCCAAUUCAACUGGCUGAAGAAGUGAGCUAUAGUUCUACUGUUGUUACCAAUGAAGUUUCUGAAGGUUCUACAGAACCAGCUGGACACCCAGUCGAAAUGACUGAAGCACUGACCUGUGGCUUCAUUUGUUUUACUGAAGGUUCUACAGAAAUGAGUAAGCACAUGGUUGACGUGGCUGAGAAAAAGAGCUUUAGUGCUGUUGGUCUUGGUCUUGCCAACAAAGCUUGUGAAAGCUCUGAUGAACUGAAUGGGCACUCAGUCCACAUGACCAAAGAAGUGAUUUCUACCACCAGUUAUGUUUCUGAAGUUUCUUCAAAACAGACAGAGAACCCAUUUCAUGUGGCUGAGGAAGAGACCUGUGGUUCUAAUGUUACCAAUGAAGCUUCUGAAGGUUCUAAGGGGCUGAUUAAUCACUUAGUUCAAGUGGACAAAAAGGAGAUUUAUGUAUCUGCUGCUUUUACCAAUAAAGCUUCUGAAGAUUACCUUGAACCAGCAGGGUGCACUGUUAAAGUAGGUGAGGAAGAGAGCUAUGGUCGUACUGUCAUUACCAGUGAAGUUCCUCAAGGUUCUACAGAAUGGACUGGGCACCCAGCUCAAGUGGCUGAAAAUGAGAGCUGUGGUUCUAGUGCUAUUCCAAAAGAAGCUUCUGAAGGUUCUAGAGAAUCGACUGAGAAUUUGGUUCAAGUGGAUGUAGAUGAGAGCUGUGGUUCUAACACUGUUACCAAAGAAGCUUCUGAAAGUUCUAGAGAAUCAGCUGAGCAUGCUGUCCAAUUGGCUGAAGAUGAGAGCUAUGGAUCUAACACUGUUCCCAAAGAAGCUUCUGAAGGUUCUAAAAAAUGGACAGGGCAUCCACCUCAAAUGGCUAAAGAGAAGAGCAAUGGUUCUACUGCUAUUACUAAUGAAGUUUCUAGAAGAUUUAGAGAAUCGACCAAGCACUCCAUCAAAUUCGCUGAAUAUGAGAGCUGUGGUUCUAACACUCUUCCCAAAGAAGCUACUGAGGGUUCUAGAGAAUCGAUUGAGCAUUCGGUCCAAGUGGAUGUAGAUGAGAGCUGUGGUUCUAAUACUGUUCCCAAAGAAGCUUCUGAAGGUUCUACAGAAUGGACUGGGCACCCAGCUCUAGUGGCUGAAGAUGAGAACUAUGGUUCUACUGCUGUUGCCAACAAAGCUUUUGUAGGUUCUCUUGAAUUGACUGGGCACCCAGCUCAAGGGGUUGAAGAUGAGAGCUAUGGUUGUAUUGCUAUUACUGAUGAAGUUUCUAGAAGAUUUAGAGAAUCGACUAAGCACUCCAUUAAAUUGGCUAAAGAUGAGAUUGGUGAUUCUAACACUGUUCUCAAAGAAACUUCUGAAGGUUCAAAAGAAUUAACGCAGCACUCUGUCCAAGUGGUUAAAGAUGAGAUCUGUGGUUCUAACACUGUUCCCAAAGAAGCUUCUGAGGGUUUUAAAGAACUAACUGAUCAAUCUGUCCUGUUGGCUAAAGAGGAUAGCUAUGGUUCUACAGCUAUUGCCAGCAAAGCUUUUGUAGGUUCUCUUGAACUGAUUGGGCACCCAUCUCAAGUGACUGAAGAAGAGAGCUAUGGUUCUACUGCUAUUGCUAAUAAGGUGCAUGAAGAUUCUUAUAAAGUCAGUAUGGAGGUCCAAGAAGCUUUAACAGCUUUGGAAGACAGUGACAUGGAGCUAGACAGAAACCCAAGAAGACUUCAGCUAAACAUUCAGACUAACUUGGAAGUUGGAAUGUGCAUGGAGCACUCAGACUAUGGGCUGACUGCCUCCACUGAGGCAGCGUUUUCAGAACUAUGUGAGACAGGAAGUCAAUUUGAACACAUGGAGUUAACUCAGAUGUCCAAUACAGCUGCAGAAGUGAGAUCUACAGACCCUGAUGGAAAACGAAGCAGCAGCACAGAGGGGCUGAUGGGGCACAAAGCACCACCUACUGACCAAGAGGAGUUAACGAAUGACCUUCCGGUGACCUCUGCUAUUGCCAAGCUGCAACCAAUCUGCAACCGUAACCUGAAUCUGGCUUUUACUGAGUUUUCUCAGGACCACAACAAUAUUCCCUCGUCUCUUUGCUCUGUGACAGACUCCCAGCUCAACAGCAUCACGUUAGGCAUGGAGCUGGAAGACCAAACAACUCUGGAAGGCUUUGUCCACCAGGAAGAUGCCACAGAGUUGGUCUGUGGCCUCAUCAAAGAGCUCUCAUCACUAAACUGCAUAGUAAUGGCCGCCCACAAGGAGAUGGAAGUACUGCGUCGAGGAAACAGGCCUCCAAAAGCUCCCAUUCGCCGCAGCUUCAGCCUUCGCAAUUCUGAGAUCUAACCAUCACACCAGAGCACUUUGAAGGUGGCUAGAAGCAUUCUGGGUAAUGUAGGGUCUCAGAUACAUGUAAUAGACUCUUUGACGAUACACUAACACUGACAGGUACCAAACGAAUCAGUUCAGUUCAGAAGAGAUUUUAUCAGUUAGGACUGAGCUUUUACCACAAAAGCAGUACUUUGCCAUCUUAACAUUGGGUUUGUUUGCAUGUCUGUGUUUUAGAUGUUCACUUACAUUUAAUUUUAUGACUCCAGCCAUAAUUCAAUUUCCUUUAAGUGAAACAGAUUCCCCUCAGAUUCCAUUUAAGGGUUAAUCUACAGUUACAGUAGAUACAGAAUCACCAGCACUGUAAUCUGUUGUACCCAUACUUAUUCUUACUAUUCUUUUUCUUCUUCUAUUGUUUAAUGGGUGAUGAUAGAAAACAUCCUGUAAUUUUUUCUGAAAGUCUGGAACAUCUAAAAAAUAUUUUUUUUACAGUUGAUCUGGACAAAGAUCACCGCUCAUUUUAAGAAUAGUUAAAAGUGAAAGCACCCUUAUAUACAGUUUGAUAAGUAUGCUAGGAAAGAUUUUUUUACUAUAUUUGGUUAAUUCUCUAUUAACUCAUAUUUCUUAAGAUG